AAGAGGAUGAGGAUGAAGAAGAGGAUGAGGAUGAAGAAGAAGAGGAUGAUGAAGAAGAGGAAGAGGAUGAGGAUGAAGAAGAAGAAGAGAGAGGAUGAGGAUGAAGAAGAAGAAGAAGAAGAAGAAGAGGAUGAGGAUGAGGAUGAAGAAGAAGAAGAAGAAGUAGGAUGAAAAUAAGAAGAAUUCCAGUACAGCAAAAAGUGUAUCUGCAGAGAGCUCCGCUAUUUCUGACAGUUCUCUGACAGUUCCUUCACAUUUACAGCGGUUGAAAGAUUGUAUCUAUUUGUUUCUGAAUAAA